UGGCAACAUGGUAUUCAGUGGAUUUGAAAUUUUCCGUUUGGUGAAUGGAAUGGAAGAAUGUAAAAAAACAUUUUAAUGAAGAUUGCUGUUUUGCAUGAUACAUUAUCAUUUACAUUUUUACAUACCUUAUAUAAAUUGAAGUUGAUGUUAAGGUAAAAUAAUAUCUUUGUUUAAAUAAAUUAUGGAUAGUUUCAACGAGUCUGCUGAGCUAUUAUGCACCAUGUCUCCUAAGAUAAAACAUAAACUGAAACCUGGCCAAAAACAAUUUAGAAGAGUUGCAGGUGCAUCUAUAUUAGCUUUAAAGAAAAAUAUAAGAAGAUCAUCCUUAUAUGAAAAGUCUAUGCCAACUAUAGAUAAUUGUGAUUUGAACUUAGAAAGUACAGAUAGCACAGAAUCUUGUGAUUCAGAGAAAUGGAACCUCAAGAUUAUGAAUGAAACUCCUAUUAUUAUAUCUGACACUGAAACUGAUUCUGAGUCAGAACCCUCUGAGAAACAAGAACCUAAUACAGUUAAUUUACACAACUAUUCUCUGCCCGAUGACAAAGUAAAUGAUAUUGCAUGCUGGUUAGAGAAAGUCACUGCAGAAAAAGAAGAGAAAGAUACCACAACUUAUACUGAACUAUCUACAAUUUACGGUAGUGAGACUGGAGAAAAUUUCCUUGCAAAGGAAAAAGGACCUGUUGUCAAUUCUACUUUCUUAUCAACGGACUGUAAACGGUUUGAUGAGCUCUUUAGAACCAAAUAUAGAAACUUGAACGUUUCAAAUAAUGACUCCUUGGGGAGUGGUGACAAUGAAGAUGUGGUUACUUCUUCUAAAGAUUUAGUUAUAGACGAUUCUUUUGAAAGACAAAAUGAAAGUUUGACAACAAGAUUGGAAAAGACCAUGAAGGUUAGGAACGGAUCAAAAGUUGAUGAAAAUAAUGUUUCUGAAACUCCUCCACAAACAGUUGGUGAAAGUGAAGACCUAGAAGUGAUGCUUGACAAACUUUAUGGAAAUUCAUGGAGACAAAAGCAAGAAUUGAUUUUACCUAAAACUGAACCUAGAAAAAAAGUUACGAAACCGAGAAUGGCAGAUAUUCUAUAUUCUGAAAGGAAACCAAAACGUCCUUUAUUCAAGAAGGGGAAUGAAGAAGAUGAUGAGCUCAAUUCGAAUAACCUAAAGCAAAACGUAAGACUGAAAGCGAAUGCACAUUCAACGCUGUAUUCAAAAUUGAAAGUUUUGUGUGAUUCAGAUACGAAUUCCGAGAAUUCUCCAAUUAAAGCUUGCCCAAAAACUAGACUUGAUUUUGGUGAUGAAAGCAGUGAUGAGACAACAAAUGAUCCAAAAACUUCUAAAUAUUUCCAAAAAAAGCCAGUCCUCCAAAAGGAUACCAAAAAAGAUGACUUACCAAAUGAGAAUUUUGAUUCAUCGGACUUGGGACAAUCUCUAGAAGAGAGAAUAAGAAAGAAAAUCAAUAACAUAAAGGUGCCAUCCGUUGAAUCCAAACCAUUGAAUAAAAUUUCAAAAACCCCUAAAAAAACUCUGACUUCCAAUAAAGAAAACACUCCGAUUAUGGAAUUUCCACAAUUCUUGAAUAUGAGGGCAACUAGACCGUCUCUAACAAGCAGUACGAGUAACUCUGAUGAGGAAACAAGUCAACCAAGAUUUAUUACACAGACAAAGAGAAAGGCUGAUAAACCUACUGUGAAUAUUGAUGUCAGCAUAUCCAGUGACGAUGAGUGGGACCAAGAAGUUAGUAAACUGAAUCAUAAAAAGGAGAUUCGAAAUGGAACCUACAGCUUCCUCGCCUCCUUAUCAGUUUUCACUUAUUUUUCAAGGGCCUAUAAAGCUAUGAAAACGUUCCCGGAGUUGCCGACAAUCACAACAUGUCAUGAUUAUGUCAUCAAUACGAAAUACACCUACAAAUGCAGUGGAUGCGGAUACAGCAUUGGACGACAUACCAAAUCUCUUGAUGUGGAAAGGAAAAGGUGCGGUUAUUGUUACGGAAAAUUCGAGGUAUUGAUCAACAAGACCACGAAGAAGGGAGAGACUAAGUCGGUACCGGCCACUCCUAAAAAAGAAGCAUCCGGUUUUGCUUUGUUCGUAAAGGAAAAUUACGGGGCUUAUAAAACACCAAAUCUCAAACAUGGGGACGUGAUGAAAUUGCUAGGUCAGAAAUUUCAACAGUUGAAAGUGAACCAAACUUGAUUGGAGUGAAGCCUCAUGUUUAUUUUAAGGCUCAUAAUUGGCGAUGUUCGAUAGUGAUGGGUUUGUUAUAUACUUUAUGGACCUGGGUCUUGAUUUCUGUCAUAACUGUGUUAUUUGCCACAGUAAUUCAAAAAUAAGAUUGAACUACUGAUUUUAUUUGAUUUUAUUUUUUUAUUAUUGUCAUGAAUAUCAUUAUGAGUUAUGACAGAAACUGUGACAGCCAAUAACGAAAUAUAAAACAGGAGGCAUCACUUUAAUCCUUUACGAAUAUCAUUGCUAAGACUGAAUUUCUCAACUCUUGGCUGGAUUCCAUAAUAAAAAAGAUUAUUUAUAUUUUUAGCAUAUUUUUGAAGUAAUGAUACUAGCAUUUUUUUGUAGACUGUACAAUGUAACUGACAAUUCGGGAUUAAUUUUUUUAGUCAUUGAAGAUGUAAUUUUAUUAUGAAAUCUGGUCUUAGACAAACACUUAGUGUUUUUCAUUUGCAUUCUAGUCGAAAUAUUAAAUAUACAGUUUCUUUCAGUUGAUCUGGUAGGAAAUACAUUUUCAUAAAAUAAUGUAUGCUUUUGUAAACGAAUGUUGGUUCACAAUUUAUUUUUAUUGACGACGAAAUGUAUCUAUAUACAUGACUAGAUAGAUAGUACAAAUGUAGUUUAAGUGAUAUUUCAAUACAAUGUUGAUGUUGAAUAUUUUUAAUAAAUUUUUUUAUCAA